UUUGGCUGCACAGUUCUGUCAUCUGUCAUCGCCGCCAUUAGCUUCCUUUUCUAGUUGUCUACAAAAGUGUCAACAUGAAUCCGACUUUGCAGAAGCAAAAAAAGGAGCCAAUCCACUCAGUCCAAGUUUUUGGACGCAAAAAAUCGGCCACAGCUGUAGCCUACUGCAAACGCGGUAGAGGCAUUUUGAGAGUCAAUGGACGCCCCCUGAGCCAGGUUGAACCCAAAAUGUUGCAAGAUAAAUUGCAAGAACCAAUUUUGUUGCUCGGCAAGGAUAAAUUCUCUGCCGUGGAUAUUCGAGUUCGCGUCAACGGCGGCGGCCACGUUUCGCAAAUCUACGCCAUCAGACAAGCGAUUUCCAAGGCGCUGGUCGCCUACUAUCAAAAAUAUGUGGAUGAAGCGUCAAAGAAAGAAUUGAAAGACAUCCUCAUCCAGUACGACCGCACUUUGCUGGUGGCCGAUCCCCGUCGCUGCGAGCCCAAGAAGUUCGGCGGUCCGGGCGCCCGCGCCAGAUACCAGAAAUCGUACCGUUAAGGCACUGUAUCACUUAUUUCUAAUAAAAUUUAAUUGAAACCAAGCACAAA